AUGCCUCUCAUUCAAAUAGAGCUCUGCGAUUUCAAGUCGUACAGAGGCCACCAAACAAUCGGUCCGUUCAAGAACUUCACAUCCGUGAUUGGGCCCAAUGGCGCAGGCAAAUCGAAUCUCAUGGACGCGAUAUCGUUCGUUCUGGGAGUAAAGAGUGCUCAACUCCGGAGUAGCCAGCUGAAGGAUCUUGUGUAUCGCGGCAGGCGCCUUGGUCGGAAUGGUGCAGAAGGCUCUGAAGCACAAGAGGAGGACGAGGAGGGAGAGGGAGAGGGGACGGCCAAGAAGGCCUGGGUCAUGGCCGUGUACACAGAUGCAGAAGAGAAAGAGUGGAAAUUCCAGCGAACGAUAUCGACCACGGGGGCCUCUGAAUACAAACUCAACAACAAAGUCGUCACAUACACCGCCUACAAUGCCGCGCUUGUCUCACACAACAUCCUGGUGAAAGCGAAGAACUUCCUCGUCUUCCAGGGCGACGUCGAGGCAGUCGCCUCGCAGUCGCCGCGCGAGCUCUCCAGACUCAUUGAACAGAUUAGCGGGUCGCUCGAACUCGCGGCGGAGUACGAGAAGGCGAAGGAGGCGCAGGACCGCGCGACGGAGAACGCGACGUUCAAUUUCACGAAACGGAGAGGUAUAGCGGGGGAAAUCAAGCAGUACAAGGAGCAGAAGGGGGAGGCAGAGCGGUUCGAGGCACUGUGCCAGCAGAAGGAUGAACUGAUACUGCGACGAAUCCUGUACAAGCUCUAUCAUAUUGAAGAGGCUAUUGACGACAACACGCGUGAGAUCAACUCCCAGAACAGAACACUCGCAGGUCUUCGUGAGCAACAACGCGUCCACGACGAAGCUUUGGAAGCGGCACGCGCUGAACAAGCAAAGGCGCGCACAAGCGUCAUGCAGAAGGAGAAGAAGAUUAAGAAAGCAGAGAAAGCGUUAGAAGCCAAGCGACCCGAGCUCGUAGCGAUAGACGCACAGAUAAGCCACUCCACCAGGAAGCUCAACAAUGCGCAGAAGAACCGCGAAGAAUUAGAGAAGAGCAGGGAUGCGCUGCAAAGCAAGGUUGAUGCUCUUCAGAAAGAGCUGGUGAGUGUGAAGAAAGCUGCCAAAGCUGCGCAAGAGGCACAAAGACAGGCCUCUGAACACAAUAUGGCCUUAAGUGAAGAGAGUUUAGAGGAGUAUCGCCAACUCAAAGCGCAAGCUAAUCUUCUUGCUAUCGACGAGCGCCAGUCUCUAGAGUCUUUGACUCGAGAAGAGAAAACCACCGCCCGUUCACUGAAUCAGCUUCAGCAAAAGUACGAGGGAUUCAGCGAAAGGAGGGAGAAGGUCGCUGAAGACGGAAAGGCGCAGAGCGCGAGGAAGGCAGAGUUGGACGAGAGACUUUCCGCGCUUCAGAACGACCUCUCGAAGACCAAGCAAGAGCUGGACAAUCAGCAGUCCGAAAGGACAAAAAUCGCCCAACUCGAGGCCGAAGCGAAUGAGAAGCUCCAGACGGUGUACGGCCAGCUUCUCCAAGCUGGCGUAGACAGGAAUGAGUCGGAGAGGGAGACAAAACUGAAGGAGACGCUGACGAAUCUGCAGCGAAUCUUCCCUGGUGUGCGAGGCCGGGUCAUCGACCUCUGCAAGCCUACACAAAGGAAGUACGAAACGGCGGUGUCUGUGGUUUUAGGCCGCAAUAUUGACGCUGUGGUGGUUGAUGAGGAGAGGACCGCGAUUGACUGCAUCGAAUACAUGCGUAACCAAAGAGCGGGACAAGCGACGUUUAUUCCUUUGGAUACCAUCCAAGUCAAGCCUAUCAACGACAAGUUCCGGUCUUUCGCCAAAGGGGCACGGCUAGCGGUGGAUGUCAUUCAGUAUGAACCGGCCGUUGAGCGGGCUAUGCAUCAUGCUUGUGGUAAUGCACUCGUUUGCGACACCAUGGAGGUCGCAAGGUAUGUCUGCUACGAGAAGGGGCAGGAAGUGAAAGCUGUGACGAUCGAGGGCACGAUCAUCCAUAAGAGUGGUUUGAUCACCGGUGGCCGAAGCACGCACAAUUCGUCAAAGAAAUGGGACGAGAAAGACGUUCAAGGGCUUACUCGAGUGCGAGAUGGUUUGAUGGCGCAACUCCGAGAAUUGAGCAAGCAAAAACCUCGCACCAAGACAGAUGAGAAUCUACUGGCAGAGCUAUCGCGUCUCGAGUCCGCAAUAACGAUCGCGAGGGAUGAUUUGAGCGCGACGCGGCUCCGAAUCAACGGUCUCAAAGACGAACUCAAGCACCUAGACAGAGAGUUGAAGACGCUGUCACCACAACUCAAAGCUGCCCAAAGUACCCACGACCGAGUUACAGCUCAGAUCGAACAGCUGCAAGCUAUAGUCAACGCCGCCGAAGACGAAGUCUUCGCAUCAUUCUGCGACAAGAUCCAGGUUGCGAAUAUUCGGGAAUACGAAGAACGCCAACUCAAACUCGCGCAAGAGGAGAGCGAGGCAAGGCUGCGGUUUGAUACGCAGAUUGCUCGCUUGACGCAUCAAUCGGAAUUCGAGACAGAACACUUAACUGGUGUUAUAGAACGGCUUUCUCGGCUGGAUGACAUCACAUCGACUGAGCAAAUCAGCAUUUCCAAGCUCGAAGACCAGAAGCAAGCCCUACAGGAGCAGAUCGAUGAAGCAGAAUCUGCACUCGUCAACAUGCGCCAGGAUCUCGCUGCAUCGACUGAAAUACUGGAUGAGAAGACGAAGGAAGUAGAGAAUGUGAAGCGGACCACAUCCAAGGCAGGCAGAGCCUUGGACGCCGCUUUGAAAGAAAUUACUAUGAGGAAUGACGAGAUAGAGAAAUUGGCCCUCGAGAGGUCAAGCAUCUACCGCAAAUGUCGCUUGGAGGAAGUCAAAUUACCGUUACUGCAGGGGCAUCUACGCAAUGUACCGAUGGAAGAGAACCUGCGCGACGAAAUGGCCAUGGAUGUAGACGAAGAAGGCGAUGGGACCCAGCCAGUCCGCCAGUCCCAUGAUUACGGUAUUGAAGUUGACUUUGGCGAACUAGAAGAUGACGAGAGAGAAGAUGGUUCGCCUGCAAAAGCUGCAGAGUUUGAUGCGCAAAUCGCAAAAUUGAGCACCGACAUCGAGCGCAUGGCCCCUAACUUAAAAGCAAUGGAAAGGCUUGACGAUGUCGAGCAGAAGUUGACUGAAACCGAGAGGGAAGCUGAGAAGGCCCGGAAGGAAUCUAAGUCUGCUCGCGACCAGUUCACGGAUGUCAAAAAGAGAAGAUGCGAAUUAUUCAACAAAGCUUACAAUCACAUAUCGGAGCGUAUCGACCAAGUGUACAAGGAUUUAACAAAGGGGAAGGCAGCUCCAAUGGGUGGCGUUGCAUAUUUGAGUCUGGAAGACAGCGAAGAGCCAUAUGCAGGCGGAAUCAAAUACCAUGCUAUGCCACCGAUGAAGCGUUUCAGAGACAUGGAGCAACUCUCUGGUGGAGAGAAAACUGUCGCUGCACUUGCCUUGCUGUUUGCUAUCCACAGUUACCAGCCCGCCCCCUUCUUUGUCUUGGACGAAGUAGACGCGGCACUGGACAACACCAACGUCGCUAAAAUAGCCAACUAUAUCCGCACACACGCAUCGGAUACCUUCCAAUUCAUCGUCAUCAGCUUGAAGGGCUCUCUAUACGAACGAGGCAAUUCUCUUGUUGGCAUCUAUAGGGAUCAAGACGUUAACAGUUCACGAACGCUGACUUUAGACUUGACACAAUAUGACGAUUAA